AUGCUGUUUCAUACAAUACCUAAGCAUAUUGAUCACUCCCUGGAGUACCUGGAAUAUGAUCAACUCAAUGAAAUGUCGUUGGCAGAUAUCAUUGAUAUUUGUAGAGAAAGAAACCUUCCAACUGAAGGCAAGAAAUCACAGCUCAUCAGUGAUUUAUUGUUUUGGCGAGACCAUACUAGACCUAUACCAGCGCCAUCAACGCCUCGUCUUGGCUCUCUGUCAGACCAACAACAAGACAUGAAUUCAUUUCUGUUGCAACAACAUCAAGCAGAGAGAAAACUAUUGAACUCUACAGAGUUUUCGCAGUUGUUUCUGGAUGAUGAUUCAGCGUCCAACUUGUGCAUCCCUUUUUCUGAUUUGAUCUAUGGUAAAAAAAUUGGCAGUGGAGGCUUUAAAGAUUGCUACGAAGGCUAUUACAAAGGGGAAGUCGUGGCUAUUGGAGAACUGCGAUUAACGCAUUUCAGUGAAAUCGACUUGGCAGAAGUGAAACAUGAAAUCAACGUAUUAAAACAGCUGCGACAUGAAAAUGUGAUUAAGUUUAUAGGCGUUUGUACUCAUCCAAGUCAUCUGUGCAUAGUAACUGAAAUCUGUGCAAAAGGCGAUUUAUUCGAUGUGAUUCGCAACUAUCCAAGGCCUAGUUUUGCACAGCAAAUUAUGCACAUGUAUGAUAUUGCGUUGGGUGUAUCUUAUUUACAUACAAGGAGACCGUCUAUCAUACAUCGAGACUUGAAAUCAAUGAAUAUUUUGAUAUCCAAGAACGAUAAAGCCAAAAUCAAUGACUUUGGUCUGGCUCGUAUUAGACCCAAGGCAAACACAUUAAUGCACACACAAUGUGGAACACCAAAUUGGCAAGCACCUGAAUUUUGGUCUUCUAAUCCUAGUUAUUCUGAAAAAGUGGAUGUGUAUGCAUGCGGCUUGAUCUUUUGGGAAAUACUGACUUGGGGCAUGUAUGGAUAUCCUUAUCAAAAUUUAGCUGAGCAUGCUUUGUAUGUUGCCGUCAAAGAUCACGAUAUUCGACCGCCAAUAUCAAAGUUGACAAACCUAUAUCCUCGUAAUCUGUUGGUCCUUAUCAUGGAGAUGUGGGAAACUGAUUCAUCAUUGCGGCCCUCCAUGACACAUGUAGUUGAAAGAUUAUCCACCUAUUUAUUAUAA